AUGUUGGAGGUCCAGAGUUGUUUGAAAGAGGGCUGCAGGAGGGCAGUUGGCGAUGGGAAUGAGACUAUGAUAGGCUCGGGUCCAUGGUUGCCCGUAGACGAGAACCCUUAUGUGGAAACGGAUUUGCACCAGUCAGUUUAUGAAGCCCCGGUAUCAUUUCUCAUGAACAUGCAAGUAUAUGGAAGCCACGAGAUCAGUGGGUUUGGCAUUGGGACCAGAAGGGGGCAUACACUGUUAAAUCAUGUUACAGGCACCUUACUAUGGUGGCUGUGGACGGACGACCUUGGACCGGAAUUUGGAAUUUACAAGUACCGCCGAAGAAGCGUUGAGGAGUCGGGUCUCCAUUUGUUCGCUUUUUGCCCUGAAGCAGCACGCCUAUGGAGUAAGUUAGGAAUGCCACAAAACAGUACCUAUGGGGGUAAUCGUGUGGAUGAUUGGUUCUUUUGGGUUAUAAAUACAUUACAUGCUAGUUUAUUGCCUAACUUUGUUAUGGCCGUCUGGGGUAUGUGGUGUAGCCGAAAUGACAGUGUGUGGAAGUGGGUUGUUUUUUAUCUGAACACUGUGGUACAAAGGGCCUUGCUUUUCCUAGAUAGCUGGAGGAGUGCGAAUGAGGUGCAAGCGUGUCAGCCUGCGUACAUAGACGAGGGACUGUGGUCCAAACCAGUGCAGGGAAGGUUAAAGUUAAAUAUGGACGCGGCUUUGAAUGAGAAUAGCAAUUUGUUGGGUUUUGGAUGGGUUCUACGGGAUGAUAAUGGGAAUUUUCUUGCAGCCAAAAAUAUGUUGAUGCCGGGAGCCUUUAUGGUGAAGGAAGCUAAAGCUUUAUGUAUCCGCGAAGCACUGAGCUGGUUGAAGGGAACAUGUAUGGGUGGUGUGGAUGUGGAGAUCGAUAGUCAAAUUGUUUUUAAUGCUAUUAGUUCGCCUUCUUUUAACGCAGUUUUUGGUUUCAUAGUUGAUGAUAUUAAGAAUUUAGCAGAGGAGAUAGAUGAUGUUAAAUUCUGUUGUGUUAAGCGAUCUGCGAAUUGUGCCGCCGACUCUGUUGCUAGGGAGGCCUUUUCUGUGUCAGGUUGCGGGGAGUGGUUAGAUUGUCCUCCAUCGUUCCUUGUAAACGUUCUUAUUCAUGAUUUAAUGAAUUAA